AUGAAGGUGGAACACUUCGACGUCACAUUGGAUAGAACUAUAGAUGAGCCAUACACUGGAGGAGAGAAAAUUCAAGGUGUCAUAGAUAUGUGCUUACAAAAACCAAUUCACAUUGGUGGUCUAGCUGUUCGCUUAACAGGUGUAGCUGAGACGGGCUGGAGAAAUAAAACAACUGACCUUGUCUUCGAGAGUCGACAUACUUUUAUGGAUGAGUUCAUCGACUUAACACCAAUUAUUGCUGAUCAUUGUUCGGAGAACUUUGACUUGAACCCUGGGAAUCAUAGUAUUCCCUUUGAAGCUCAUUUACCACUAGAUGUGCUGUCAACAGUCGAUAGAGAUAAUUAUGGUUCAGUUCGUUAUACUUGCACAGCCCUUCUAGCAAUCCCAGAAGAUGGGGACACAGAAAUCAUUGCAGAGAAAGCUUUCAAAGUGUUUUCCUAUCUCAAUCUUGACGCGCCAUACAUGCGUCAACCAACUACUGCAGCGGAGGAGGAGACGAUCACCGGUUGUUGUGGGAGGAAUAAAGGCUCUAUAUCAGCAACAAUGAUCGUUAAUGAAGUCGGUCUCUUACCUGGUGAAACUACUAAAAUCACAUUGACCGUCGAAAACAGAACAAAACGAAAGAGAUGGCAGAGAAAACAGGAGAAGCACGAAUGUGUUCUCAUAUCAUUAUGUCAGCAGCUUGACUUUGUUGCUGCCAAUCGGUAUGAGCCAGAUUUGGUCGACAAGAAGAGUGUCACAAUGGCUGUUGAGACUCAUGGUACAUGUAAAGCUCGUCCAGGUUUGGGUCCUGAAACAAAAGAAAUAGAAUUUUCAAUACCAGCCGAUCUGCCACCAACUUCAAUUCAUUCAAAUCGUCUUGUCACUUGUAGUUACUUCUUCAAACUUGAUCUUGAUCAUUUUGAUAUAAUAGUUCCAGUGAUAAUUGGAACAUCAAAAACAUUGGGUUCUUGUGAAUAA